AUGGCAAAUGGUUUAAGACGAAAUUCUUUUUCUGAAUUACCAACUAUCACCUCUCAUUGUCGACGAUGUCAACUUGAUAUUGAAUCCGAUCCACAAGCAAAUGGACGUACAAGAAUAUUGUGUCCAUUUUGUGGAGAAUUUCUUUUUGGGCCCAAUGUGACUGAUAUUCAACAAUUGAAAGAAGAAAUUAAUAAAAGAGCAAAAGAUGAUAAUAGUGAUCAUGGUCUGAGUCUUCGUUCACGUUUUAGUCGAACAUUCAAUCGAAUACUUCUACGAAGACAAAAUAUGCUUAAUAAUAAUGGUAUAACAGCAAGCCAUCGACGAGAUAAAACUAUUAAAAAUGUUAAACUGCCAGCCAUUGAAAAUAAAAAACAAUUAAGUGAACAAAAAAGUAAAGAUAAAAUGGCUUCAUCGUCACUACCAAUGAUAGCAACAGCUAUAUCGAUGCCAUCGAUUAAUACUCAUGAUAUUGAAAGUUUUCAGCGAUUGGUUAAUGAAGAGAAUUCUGAUAAUAAUCAAAUAUUUACUUUUUUCUCAAUUUUCUAUUCAAAUUUGACUUAUAUGAUGCAAUCAUUAACGCUGAACGAUGAUAAAAAGCAAAUAGAUUGGAAAUAUCUUCAAAUAAUUCAUGAGUAUAUUACAAACAAUUCGGAUACAAUAUCUCGAUUGAUUCUUAAAACCAUUGCAUCCUGCUGUGUACGAGAAAUUCGCCCAAGUGAACAUACUCGCAAAGGUUAUACGAUUCUUAUGAUGGCGCCGGUUUUUGAUGAUGCAUCAAAUAAUCAUAUUUUUGCUCAUGUAUUACGCCGUAUUUCACAUUUUGUCGAUCACGAACAGCAAGAAAUAAUAUUGGUUUUACAAACAUUGCCAGUCGAGAUGUUUCGAUUAACUGUUCGUCGUUUACAAGCAUUUGUUGCUAUAAAUCUCUUUCCAUCACGCCUGGAUAAUUCCUCAUCGACAGUUGCUAAUGGUUGGUGGAUUCCAAGUGCUAUUCGAACAUUGGCAUUAUUUAAUCAUGCUAAUGAAAUGAUUAGUGGUCGUAAAAUACCUUUGCAAGAAAUGGUAAUAGAUUCAUUGAAUUAUAUUGAUGAAGAACGUGAUUACUUUGAAUGGAAAAAUCGAAAAUCACGUGGAAUAAUUGGCGGGUUUACAUUUUGUCAAUAUCCUUUUGUGCUAAGUAUCAAUGCUAAACGGACAAUAUUAAAACGUGAUUCGGAACAACAAAUGAUUGUUAAUGCUCGUCGUAGUAUGAUACAAAAAGUUCAAAAUAAACAAAUACCAAAUUUAAACAUGUUGUUCUUAAAUUUCUACAUUCGGCGAGCACAUUUAGUUGCUGAUUCUCUUGCUGAAGUUACAAAAAAUCAUGAAGAUUUAAAGAAAAAAUUACGUGUCACAUUUGUUGGGGAACAUGGUCUUGAUAUGGGCGGUUUAACUAAAGAAUGGUUUCUUCUCUUGAUUCGACACAUUUUUUCACCUGAUUACGGUAUGUUUGUAUAUUAUGAUUUAUCCGGUAUUUUUUGGUUUAAUGGCGCAUCUACUGAUAAUGUUCGAGAAUAUCAUUUAGUUGGAAUACUAAUGGGAUUAGCAGUUUAUAAUGCAAUUAUUCUUGAUAUACGUUUUCCAUUAGUUUGCUAUAAAAAACUGUUAACACCUGCAUUUUUGACCGAACAGAUGACAAGAUUAUCAAAAAUUAAAGUUGGAAUUAUUAAAUCAACAUUAGCAGAUUUUCGUACAAUUAGACCUGAUAUUGCUAAUAGUCUUCAAUAUUUACUCGAUUAUGAUGGAAAUGUCGAAGAAGAUUUUGGUCUUACUUUUGAGGUCUCCGUGGCUCAAUUUGAUACAUCAGUAAUUUAUCCAUUGAAAGAAAAUGGAUCGACAGUCGAUGUAACAAAUGAAAAUCGAAAUGAAUAUGUUGAACUACUCAUUGAUUUCUAUAUAAAUAAACAUGUAUCAAAGCAAUUCGAAGCAUUUUAUUAUGGAUUUCAUAGCGUUUGCUCAUCGAAUGCACUUCUUUUACUUUUACCAGAAGAACUUGAAAUGUUAAUCUGUGGCAUGCAACAAUGUAACUUGAGUAGCUUAGCUAAAAUUACCAAAUAUGAAAAUUGUAAUGCAAGUGAAGACUUUAUCAAGUGGUUUUGGCAAGUUGUAGAAGAAAUGUCAUCAGAUAAACAAAGACGUCUAUUACUAUUUGUAACUGGCAGUGAUCGUAUGCCAAUCGGAGGUUUAAGUGAAAUGACAUUUAAAAUUGCAAAAAUCUCGUCCAAUAGGUGUAACAUACAUGAUUUGUUACCCAUGUCACAUACAUGUUUCAAUCAACUGCUUUUGCCGCCUUAUUCAACCCGUGAAAUUCUCAAAGAGAAAUUACUUUUGGCUAUUGAAAAUUGUGAAGGUUUUGGCAUUGAGUGA